AUGGCUGAUACCCCUCCAGCGCCACGAAAAAAGUCCAAGCUAAAGGCUGGACUUCGCAGCAUCGGCAGGAUCUUUCUGUGCGGUGUCGACAUCUCACCAGACAGCAUAGAGCAGGCAUUAGAGAAGGCCUCGCCGACUAAUACAUCUAUCGAAAAGGACACUGAUACCACAACCCCUGCAGCGAGCUGCACCUCCGACGAUCCUUCGUUGACAAUGGUCCGCGCACCUCUGAAGAAACGCUCGGAAAGUCGAACAUCGCUGAAGAAAAGGAUGAACUCUGGCAAACCCAUCGAGCAGCUUCCACCAGAAAUCAUGGCCGAGAUAUUCGCAAUGGCAGUUCUCUCAGAAGCGGCCUCAACGAGCUCACGAAUGACUCCGUUCAAGUUGGGAAAGGUGUGUUCCCGAUGGCGCGGGAUCGCCUGGUCUACCGCUCAUAUCUGGAGUUCGGUCUACCUACGACUAUCAAGGAGACGGUACCAGGCUCAGGCUGCGUUGUUGAGGGCUUGGCUGGACCGUUCAGGUCGCUAUUCACUCACUAUUCACCUUACGCUUGAAGAUGAAGGCGCCUGGACUCACGCUGCUCCUCAGAAAGUCGUCGCUAUACUCGCAUCGGAGUCCAAAAGAUGGUAUUCUGUCAACUUUGUACUCCCAGAAGCGUGCUAUCCGCGUCUCGAGAUCGCCAAGGGCAACCUCCCUGUCCUGACCUCAUUCAUACUCCAGCCUCUCUUGAGUGACUGCCGCCGAUCCCAAGCUAAUAGAAAACGAUUGACUGCAUUCGAAAAUGCCCCGGAGCUACGCACCGCCCACCUGAAUGGGUAUUACCUCGAUGACACCAUUGUUCCGUGGGGUCAACUACUACAGCUCACCACACAGCAUGUCUAUCUCGACGAAUGCUUCUACGCCCUUCUGCGUGUCCCCAAGAUCACAUACGUAUGCUUCUCUACCAUCCUACUCAACGACACCGGGCGCGUCGUUGUAAAAUCCCCAAUCAAGCUCCCACACAUGGAAUAUCUCAAGAUGCACGGAGCUUCAGGAGCCGAUCAGGCGAUCCUCCUCGCUGAGAUGACCCUCCCCUGCCUCUCGGAACUCGACCUCUCCUCCCCCGACACCAGCCGCGUGCUGUCCUCCAUACCUGCACUCCUCACCCGUUCUGGGUGUCUUUUAAAGAAAUUCACACUUUCAAGCUGCCAGCUCAUGGAAGAUGAGCUUGUCGAGUGCCUUUCAGGCAUGUCGUCUAUUGAAGAACUGAAACUCGCGCCUCUCCUCACUGGGCCACCGCUAUCAAGUCUUCUGAUGAACACCCUCGCUGGAUACACGAGGAACGCAGAUCAGAACCCGGAUUCGUACAAGGGCGCAUUUCUGCCUCGGUUGCAGCACUUGGAAUAUGAAGGCUUGGCAUCGUUUGAUGGGGCGGCUGUUGAGAUGAUGUUGGGGUAUCGUAGACGGCGUUCGGGUGAAGGGCCCCCUGCUAUCGCGAACCUCAAGUCUUUGAGGAUAAUAACUGAUAGCGAUAUCAAUGCGAAUAGGGAGGUGAAGAAGAAUCUGCAGAAGAUGGCGGAUGAGGGUUUGGUUUUGGUUAUCAAGUCUUUGGGCGGGACAUCGUGGUUGUGA